AAUAGCAAAAAAUGGAUUUUCGAGAAAUGCACCACGGAUCGGCUGCGUGAAGCAAUACUGAUGUAUCUGCUUUUUCGCGUCAAAGAACCACGUGCAACCGAGCAAUUUAAACUUCACAUUUUAUAUUUGAUCAACGACUGGGCGCAUCAUUGGCUUACUCUUGAAAAUUUAAGCCAACGCAAGAAGUUGGAUACGAUUCGACAGAUGCUGUCCCGUUAUGUGCCACAACUCUAUGCAUUCACGGCUCACGGAGUCAAAGAGGCAACUGUAAAUGAAAAAUUGGAAAAACUGAUUGGUGUUUGGGAAGGGCAUAAAUAUUUCGAUGACGGAUGUUAUAAGAACUGGAAAAAUGCGCAGCAAGCGGAAUAUGCCAAAAAAGCAGCGGAAAUUCAUGCGCAGUUGCUGGCAACUUACAAAGGCUAUGAGCAACAACACCAGGAAUUUACGCUGCAUUGCCGGACACAAAUUGCGAUAUUGCAGCAACAAGUUGAAGCUGAAAGGCUGAAGCAAAGUUAUUUUUUGGGGAGGUGUUACUGUCUCAAUAACUUAAAAUAA